AUGAUCGAGUUUCGAUUCAUAAAUAUAGACGAUAUCAUAAAUAAAAUUAGAGAAGGGAUUCCGGAUGGAGUACUCACAAUCAGAUCUGAAGAAACCAUUGAGGGUCCAGAUGGUCUAUCACACAGAAUCAAAUAUUAUAUUUCUCGUGAAGAUGGAACAAUUGCAGAGUUUCUCGUGGAAAACAAUAAAUAUUUAUAUAUCAAAAUGAGAGAUAACACAGAUAUUGCACUCUCCACAUUCAUCACGAAAACCAAAACAAUGAUCUGA